AUGAAACUCUUUAUCGGGGCGCUGAUAAUUUGUUUCGGUAUAUCGUUGGUUAUAUCAACUUCCGAGAACCAGAACGACAAACAACGGCAUAUUAAAGCAAAAUCUCACGUACACCAUGAAAAGGAAAAAAAUCACCAUCUGCACGAGAAACACCAUCAUCUAAGACAACACAACCAUCAUCUACACGAAAAAACUCACCACAAAUCUUCCAAAAGUCGAAGCCAUUCUUCAGAACACCAUCAUCACCAAGCUGCUGCCAGAAGUCAUCAUCACCAUGGGCCCACUUUUUCUAAAGCUUAUCGAUCGAAAUUAAAUAGCCAAUGCUCCUGGGUUUGCAAUGAACCACAUAAUCCUAUCGAGACUGGUCUUGAAGUUACAUUGAAAAGCUCCAAAUCGUUGUUUGCACUCCUUAGCAAGACAUCGAAGUAUGCUCUUAUUCUGGACUACAAAGCGUCCAUAGCUACUUUGCUGAGUGGUUCCCAAGAAACCUCCUUCGUUUCUGAUCUCCAAGCAGGAUCAUUCUUCCAAUUGCAACAUUCUGACUUGAACUGGAAUUCAUCUGCGUUAAAUUUCCAGGAUUACUUACAAAAAUUUUCCGCUCCAGAUAUAUUAAAAGCUGCUACAACCAACGGCCAGAAAUUAGAUAUAGAUAAUUUGGCAGGAGCAGCUAGCACAGAGUUGCAAUCGUUUUUAAAAUCGUUUGGAGUUUCUUCCCCACCCCGACAGUUCUUAAAUUACCUGUUAACGUUUUCCAAAAAUGUAAGUGGUGUUUUAGCAUCUUUAUUCCAUCAAGAUGUAUCGUUUACUCUUCCAAAUAAUUUUGAGUGGUUUUUGAAAGUUACCCAAAGCUUGGCAUAUUUCAGAAAUUUUGGUCUUGACAUAACACCUUUAAACUCAGAUUGUAGAGGAAUUUUUUCGAGAAGUAGCGGAAUAGAAGUCUUAAUUAAUUUAUUGUCCCGAUUAGGCAGAAAUAAUGAUCUUGGUACAUUCAUUAACAAUAUUACUAGUUCGCGAGAAAUAGCUUUGGGAGUUUUAAAGAACAUUAGCGCUGGAUCUCAUGAAGGUUUGGAUGGUUUAAUAACUGUUUUAGUUAAUGUAAUAGAACUUAUACACGGCCAAGGAUCUGUCGAUAGUGUUAUUAGUUCUGUAGUUAAGCUUAAUUCGACUUCAAUAAAUGAAAUAACGGUGGGAGAAGUUAUUCAUAAAGCUAUAGAAGCAGCUGAAGCUCAUGAACGGAAUUAUCCUCACAAUGAAGGUAUAAAAAGAUUGCUAACAUACUUACGAGAACUGGACCACGGCACCUUAGCAAUCAAAAAUAUACGUAUUCUUGAUUUGAUAAAACUGUUUCUCUCACCUAAUCCUCUCGAUAAAAUUAGAAGCAUUUUUCACAUAAUCUCCAAUUUUUCUCCAUCUCAAGGCAUUCCUGCAUUUUUCAAAUUUGUAACAGAAGCUUUCAGUAACCAAAAUCCUUCAAUAAUAUCUCAACUCGUGCCUGGGUUCAAUAUAUCUCAAUUUACCAACGCCAAUGGUACCAGUCUGCAAAACCUUUUACAAGGGAGAAACUUCACAGAAUUAUUCUCUAAUACUUCCAACUUCCAAUCAGCUCUGUCACACAUUCCAAUUUUUGGACAAAUAGCGAAGCAACUUUCUUCAGCAUUUGGAAGCGAUAAUAAUCUUUCCAAAUUUUUAAACGCUAGUAGUUUUCAACAAAUAUUUUCAAAUGGAUUUGGUGAUGUUAUUAAAAAUUUUGGAAAUCCCCAGGGUGGUAACCCCAUAAGUGGAAUAGUUGAAAAUAUACAAAAGAACUUUGGAAACAUAAUUCCACAAGGAAAUGCUCUUAAUCAAUCAACAGCUACUGAAGCCGCAAGUACGGAAUCAAGUGCAACUGAGAAAUCAUCAACAAAUACAGAAACCACUGAGGAGCAUGAUGGUUCAUCACCAGCAGCAACAGAAACCACCGAGCAUGAUGAUUCAUCGCCAAUACCAGAAAUCACCGAGCAUGAUGGUUCAUCACCAUUAACAGAAACAACCGAGACUAAAACACCAUCACCAAGCGCGGAAGCAGCAAAAUCAAGUCCUCCCCAAAAUUUAGCAGAUACAUUUGCUGGCGGUGUACCCAAUCUUUUUGGACUGAGAGGAAACCUUGACGUUAAUUUUGGUUUGGAAGGCAGAAAUGCUCAUCACCAAACUCGACUUAAGCGCAACCCCAAAGAAACAGCCUAA